GCCCCGCGCUUCCUCUGCUCCGGCUUCCGCGUCGCACCCGGGGUGCUGGGUGCCGAAAGGGAGCUGGAGUCUCCGUGGACGGCAGAGCCCGAACCGGUGCUGGGGGUCGGAGUCAAGGCAGCGACCUGGGCUGAGGCGGCUGGCGCUGCGUCCCUGCGAGAUGGACGGGACGGAAGACAUUGCCGGGCAGCCCGGCCCCGCUGAGCGGUCCCAUCGAAGCAGCGUGUCCUCCGUGGGAGCCCGAGCACCGGACGUGCUGGUGUAUUUGGCGGACGACACGGUGGUGCCCCUGGCCGCGGAGAACCUGCCGUCCCUCAGUGCCCACGAGCUGCACCGCGCCAUCCGCGAGGUCCUGCAGCUCCCAGACGUCGCCAUGGACAUCUUCGCGCUCUGGCUCGUCUCCCCUCUGCUGGAGGUGCAGCUGAAGCCCAAGCACCAGCCCUACAAGCUGGGCCGCCAGUGGCCAGAGCUGCUGCUGCGCUUCACCGACGCGCCGGACGACGACGUGGCCACAGACGAGCCCUCCCUGCAGUUCCGAAGGAACGUGUUUUUCCCAAAGCGGCGGGAGCUCCAGAUCCACGACGAGGAGGUCCUGCGGCUGCUGUACGAGGAGGCCAAGGGCAACGUGCUGGCGGCACGGUACCCGUGCGACAUGGAGGACUGUGAGGCCCUGGGCGCGCUGGUGUGCCGCGUGCAGCUCGGGCCCUUCCGGCCUGGCCAGCCCACGGCCUGCACCCUGAGGGAGCAGCUGGACUCCUUUCUCCCUGCCCACCUGUGUAGGCGGGGCCACAGGCUCUUUGCCGCCCUCCGUGGCCGUGGGGCCAAGGCCGGGGCCAGCGAGCAGGGCCUGCUCAACGCCUACCGCAAGGUGCAGGAAGUGGCCGGCGGCGACUGCGAGCUCGAGGCUUCCCUGAGGACCCACUACCACGCCUACCUCCGCAAGUGCCACGAGCUGCCCUACUACGGGUGUGCCUUCUUCCACGGGGAGGUGGACAAGCCGGCCCAGGGCUUUCUGCACCGGGGCGGGCGAAAGCCGGUGACCGUGGCCAUCAGCCUGGAGGGUGUGCAUGUCAUCGACAAUAGGGAGAAGCACGUGCUGCUGGGCCUGCGUUUCCAGGAGCUGUCCUGGGACCACACGUCGCCCGAGGAGGAGGAGUCUGUGCUGUGGCUGGAGUUCGACGGGGACCACGAAGGCACACCAGUGAACAAGCUUCUCAAGGUCUACUCCAAGCAGGCUGAACUGAUGAGCAGCCUCAUCGAGUACUGCAUUGAGCUGAACCAGGCCUCAGAGCCCGACGCCCCCCAGGACAGCGGGACUGGCCCCUCCUCCGCCCCUGGCUCCUCGCCCCCUCCCAGCCAGCGCCCCCAGCUGCAGAGACAGGGCAGCGUGGUGUGCAGCCGGAUCCAGCACCUCUCCACCAUUGACUACGUGGAGGAGGGCGAGCAGAUCAAGCGGGUGAAACCGAAGCGCACCACGUCCUUCUUCAGCCGGCAGCUCUCCGCGGGCCACGGGAGCUACACCGUGGUGCGGCCGGCCGAGAGCCUGGAGCAGAGCUGAGGCGGCGCUGCGGCUGAGGAGGGCACGGGGAGGGGCGGGCCGGGGGUCGAGUCCGGGAGGAAGGCUGCCUUGCAGCCCAGAGGAG